AUGAACAAAAUCGUUGUCCAUAGUGGAGGACCUGGAGAACACGGAGGCACGUCUGGAGGAAAGAGCUCCAAAGUCCUCACAUCGUGCCUCCAGUCUGAAGACGGGAUGAAGUCUUGCUCUCAGGUGGCCGCCGUGGGUCAGGGCCAGCUGAAGACUUGCCCCGCAGUGGCCGGGAAUCACGUGACCUGUUCCAGCCCGGAUUCUACCGUGAAGACGGAUCAGAUCCCGGCGGAUCUUCGAUUCCCGGAUUUCGUCGAACUCGGUUUCCCGGAUUUUCCCGACAUUGCCACGAUCAUCGGGACGGCCAUAUCCGGCCACGAGCACGCCGUCGAGGGUCACCCCGAACACGUUCAAGGGUUGUUGGCGAAGGUAGACAGCAGCGGGAUGGUGAGCCUUGAAGGACCGAGCAUCACGUUGGCGGACUACACGAUGCAUUCUGAUGGUUCCGACCUGGCUCAGCUGCAGCCAUUACAAAGCACGGUGGGACCGGGAAGUCCAUCUACAGAUAUUCUGUCGUCGAAUCCCGACUCCGCCGAUGGGUUUUGGAAUUCCAGCGCGGGAUCCGUAUCUACCUCAGCAGUGUUGUCGGACCCGACCUUAUCGACGUCGUGGCACACCCCCGACCCUCCGAAGACCGAAUCGGGUCACCCAGGCAUGAAAACCCUUACUGGAUCCCACCUCAAGGAUCUCCUCAUCGGCGGAAGUGCCGUCUACCAAAAACGACAGCUUCAAGACACCAGCAACGGUAGCGGCAGCAACAACACCUUGCUGCAACUGUUGAAAGGGUCACCGGAUACCCUGGGUGGAAGGUGUCCUACCGGAACCAAUGGCUUUCCAGAAUCCAAGAAGGACGCUCCAAAGACCUCCCCACCAUCGUCUUUUCGGCCUACGUUUUCGCCAGGGUCACCCGGUUCGCCGGCCCGAAUACCAGGACUAGUCAGAAUUACCUGCAGUCGACCCAUCGACCCCGGUGGAUUAUAUUCCACCUCCAACGGUCUGCCGACCAGCAAGUCCUCUUACGGUCCCAACAUGCAGACGCCUCAGAAGACUCCUAAAGAAAACGGAGGGAUGCAGGUGGUGAGUCCCGGUUCCAGCAGUCCCAUUUCCACCACUAAAUCCCCUCUAUUGGAGGGCUUGGUGGCAUAUCGACCGGCAGAUUCCAUGGACAGUGGCAAGAACGGUGUGAUGGGUCGAACGGUGUCAUCGUCGGGGGUUGCUUCGACCAAGCCCCACAAGGUUCGAACGAGGACACCGGCUUCGACGAAAAAAGAAGGCAGGCUCCACCCGUGCACCGUGUGCAGCAAGAGCUUCAAGGAUCGUUUCAGCUUGGAAGCGCAUUUCCGGAUCCACACGGGAGAGCGACCCUUCAAGUGCGGAGUCUGCGGAAAAGGGUUCAAGCAGAAGGCACACAUGCAGAAGCAUACCACUAUGCACCUUGGCGUCGGUCGCGUAGGUGCACCCCCGCCCAGGGUGCGCCGCGAAUAUCAACGAGGGGGUUCCGAUAAAAAGAAGAGGGAGAAGAGCAAAAGCAGCAAGGGGGUGGUCGUGAAGACGGGCGCUAGCUACAGUCACGUGGGUUACGGUGGAGAAUUUUCGGAUCCGAGCGUAUCCACGACCACAUUGGAGGGCUCGGAUGAAGUGGUCCCGGGGAAAGGUCUAGGGCCUCACUAUGGAGAACUUUAUCGAAGACUCACGUCUACUUCCACCCCUCCUCCGUCGUCCUCCUCAUCCUCCUCCUCGACCACUAAGGUGAUGCAGGGCCUAUACGAGCCUACAUACGACUUUGCUGCCCUUUCCAUUCCCGAGUACUCCGACGAAAAGCCCGGUAACAACAACGGGCCCAACACCGCCAACAGCGGAACGUCGUCGACGACGGGGGAUCUGUUAAGCGAGGGGGAAAAGGGCGGGGACUUCAUGGAUUUCAGCGGGAAGGACACGACCAUGGAGGAGAUGUUGAUGUAUGACAACAUUCAAAUCAAAGAGAUCUUCGAUUCGGACGAGGAUACGAGCUUGGAUUCAAAGGUCCAGGUAAUUCACAGUGCAUCGGGCGAGGAAAUCACCGUCAAAUUACCAGAUCUCCCAUCGUCGUCCAACGAUUCCCACACUAACAAAAAAUUCUCAGUGAGUUUCCAAAAGUGUUCCGAGCCCAACAACAACAACAGCAACAACAAUAACAACAACGGAGAGGGAGUGUAUCAAUGCGGGGUGUGCUUGCAUACGUGCCGAGACGUGGAGGCAAUGCAGGAGCACGCCAAGAGUCACUGGCGAACUCAGUGCACGGUGAAAUUGGAGGACGUGUUCGGCGAAGACAUCUACCCAUGUCUUUCCUGUGGCAAGGAUUUCUCCCGUCAAGAAUAUGUGAUACACCCCUUGUCAAAACGUCGAAAAUCCAAGAAAACUACAGAGAGAACAGAGUACAGAGCAAAUGAAGUUUCCGCAGUGGAAAUCGACUUCAACGAUGAAGGAAGGAAUGAAAGUGAUUCCAACAAUGGAGCUUUCCAUCACCCGUCGCCUUCGGAAGCGACCGUCUUCCAGCACCACUGGAAGACGGCGAAGAUGAGAGUCGAAGGACCUGAUGAAUGCCAGUCUCCGUCUGCCGUUAGUCAAGAGUCCACGGCGUUCCUGACUUCCACCGUCGUCGUUUGGAACAAAAUGAAUAGUUUCUUCGCGGCCAUCUCGUGGCGGAAGAAGGAAGCAGAAUCCCUUCGCUCGUCCAUCGGCGCUGAGCUCCACCUCCCGUCAACCAUUCAAUUGGGGACGAAACCAGUUUUUACUCUCAACCCGAAAGCCAAAGACGCGUGCAGUCGACCACCGAUGAUCGCAUUUAUUCCUCUGGCAUUGGCCCUUCCAGAAAGAGCAACUCGUGGCUGCUCCGUCGGUACCUUCUUUCAAACGGAUCUGAAGCUCUUUUUCUUCAAGGACACAUCGACGGAUGGAGGAUUAUUCUCGGACGCUCUCACUGGCUUCACGGCCAUCUACCGCCUCUAG